AUGGAGAAACCAACCCGACCGUGGGAUCCCAACGCUCCCUCUCUCCUCUGGGCUCACGAAAUCCGGCGUGAGAAUAUUCAACUCGUCAACCAGCUCGACAACACUCGAGCUGAUCUUGCUACUGCCACUGACACCAUAGAUGGUCUGAAACAAAAGAUCGACGAGCUAACUCAGCGACUUCAUGAUGAGAAUAACGUCAUCCACAAUAGCUUGCAACAACUUGAAGCCCGAUUUGACACUAUGUUAGGAAGUAUGCGAGAGCGGAUCGAAUGUCUUGAAUCCGAGAAUCGUCGACUAAGGACUAGACUUGAUAUCACUGAACAGGAAUGCUCGAAACAGGCCCGCGAACAAUAUCGCAUGGAGGAGGAUAUUCGUACGAGGAUCCUUGAUGAGGUGCGAACUUCGUUGGAGAGAAUACCAGGGGUGUUGAAGAUGCAUGUGCCGAGGGCUGGACAGACUAGUCCUGGGUCUGAUGUCCUUGUUCCAGACUCGAUGCCCAUGGAUUCUGCGCCUGUUGCUAAUCCAGAUGUCCUGCGGACGCUGUCUGAUACUACGUGGGGGUCUUAUACACAGGUAGAGGCGAGUUUGGCUAGUGUUGUGAAUAAGGGAUACACUGAGGAAUUGAGUCUGGAUCUAGACACUGUUAUGAAGCAGGGUGGGAGAUCUCUCGCUGAGUACUUGUCCGCUGCGGAGGGAAUGACCCCGAGGUUGCAUUUACAGAACGCUGAGGAGGAGAUACUUGGAGCAUUUGUGCGAGGACUUGAUGACUUGGACGUGCAGAUCCUAAUCGAGAAAGAGAUGAGCCGGGUUGGAUGGACGUGGAGUGCAAUGAGGGCCAUCUUGCAGGCAGCGAUCCGGGUUAGAGAAGCACCUAUCAAGGUGGACAAGACAGCCGAUCGAGGGGUCAAACAGAACAAUGUCGACCAUGUCAAGAGCAAGCAGCGAAAGACGAGGAGGUUCAUACCCAUCGUACCAGCUGAUGAAGAAGAUGAUCUCUUUGUAAUGGAGAUGUUUCGACAUUAA